GCCGGAGGCACAGGUCUCCCCAGUGCCACUUCCACCAAGUGAGUUCGAGGAAGUACCUGGGAUCUUUGAUCUAACGCGAAAGGCCUUCCUAGCGAGCUCUUGAGAGCUGAGAACCCACGCCCUCCACCUCUAGUCCACGGCUUUGCCACUCCAGGACCCGAAGUUAACGUAUGCUGCUGGGGAUUGACAAACCCAAAGCCUCUCUGGUUUCACCACUGGCUCCUUAGAAUCAGACUUCUGUACUGAAUGACACUUAUGUGAGUCAGGGGCUGGGGGGACGUGAUCCUCGAAGUGCGGUCCCCAGACUGGCUGUAUCAGUGUCGGCAUCCCGCAGGACCUGGUUGGAAAUGCAUGUUCUUAGGCCCUACUACAGACCUCUUAAAUCUGAGACUGCGGCUGCGGGGAGCGCCAUCUGUGCGCCACUAUCCUUGGGGGUGGACCAGGAGGCGGCUCGAGGGUGCUCCCACUUUGGGGUCACGCGCGGCGCCGGGCGCUCCUGAGACCGCCGGGCUCCCGGGCUCGGUGGUCACGUGGGCUCAGGCACUACUCCCCUCUACCCUCCUCUCGGUCUUUAAAAGGAAGAAGGGGCUUAUCGUUUAGUCGCUUGUGAUCUUUUCAGUUUCUCCAGCUGCUGGCUUUUUGGACACCCACUCCCCCGCUCGGAGGCAGUUGCAAGCGCAGUGGCUGCGAGAAAUAACUGCCUCUUGAAACUUGCAGGGCGGAGAGCAGGCGGCGAGCGCUGGGCCGGGGAGGGACCACCCGAGCUGCGACGGGCCCCGGGGCUGCGGGGCAGGGCUGGCGCCCCGAGCCUGGGCUGCAGGAGCUGCGCUCGCUUUCCUCAACAGGUGGCCGCGGGGCGCGCGCCAGGAGCCCCAUAAUGCUGGAAAAGCACGUGUCCGCAUUUUAGAGAAGGCAAGGCCCGUGUGUUUAUCUGCAAGCCAUUAUACUUGCCCACGAAUCUUUGAGAACAUUAUAAUGACCUUUGUGCCUCUUCUUGCAAGGUGUUUUCUCAGCUGUUAUCUCAAGACAUGGAUAUAAAAAAUUCACCAUCUAGCCUUAAUUCUCCUUCCUCCUACAACUGCAGUCAAUCCAUCUUACCCCUGGAGCACGGCUCUAUAUACAUACCUUCCUCCUAUGUAGAGAGCCACCAUGAAUAUCCAGCCAUGACAUUCUAUAGCCCUGCUGUGAUGAAUUACAGCAGUCCCAGCAAUGUCACUAACUUGGAAGGUGGGCCUGGUCGGCAGACCGCAAGCCCAAAUGUGUUGUGGCCAACACCUGGACACCUUUCUCCUUUAGCAGUCCAUCGCCAGUUAUCACAUCUAUAUGCAGAACCUCAAAAGAGUCCCUGGUGUGAAGCAAGAUCACUAGAACACACCUUACCUGUAAACAGAGAGACAUUGAAAAGGAAGGUUAGUGGGAACCGUUGCACCAGCCCUGUUACUAGUCCAAGUUCAAAGAGGGACGAUCACUUCUGCGCUGUCUGCAGUGAUUUCGCAUCGGGAUAUCACUAUGGAGUCUGGUCGUGUGAAGGAUGUAAGGCCUUUUUUAAAAGAAGCAUUCAAGGCCAUAAUGAUUAUAUUUGUCCAGCUACAAAUCAGUGUACAAUCGAUAAAAACCGGCGCAAGAGCUGCCAGGCCUGCCGACUUCGGAAGUGUUAUGAAGUGGGAAUGGUGAAGUGUGGCUCCCGGAGAGAGAGAUGUGGGUACCGCCUUGUGCGGAGACAGAGAAGUGCCGACGAGCAACUGCACUGUGCCAGCAAGGCCAAGAGGAGUGGCAGCCACGCGCCCCUAGUGCGGGAGCUGCUGCUGGACGCCCUGAGCCCCGAGCAGCUGGUGCUCACCCUCCUGGAGGCUGAGCCACCCCAUGUACUGAUCAGCCGCCCCAGCGCGCCCUUCACUGAGGCCUCCAUGAUGAUGUCCCUGACCAAGCUGGCCGACAAGGAGUUGGUACACAUGAUCAGCUGGGCCAAGAAGAUUCCCGGCUUUGUGGAGCUCAGCCUGUUCGACCAAGUGCGGCUCUUGGAGAGCUGUUGGAUGGAGGUGUUAAUGGUGGGGCUGAUGUGGCGCUCAAUUGACCACCCCGGCAAGCUCAUCUUUGCUCCAGAUCUUGUUCUGGACAGGGAUGAGGGGAAAUGCGUAGAAGGAAUUCUGGAAAUCUUUGACAUGCUCCUGGCAACUACUUCAAGGUUUCGAGAGUUAAAACUCCAACACAAAGAGUAUCUCUGUGUCAAGGCCAUGAUCCUGCUCAAUUCCAAUAUGUACCCUCUGGUCACAGCGACCCAGGAUGCUGACAGCAGCCGGAAGCUGGCCCACUUGCUGAACGCCGUGACCGACGCUUUGGUCUGGGUGAUCGCCAAGAGCGGCAUCUCCUCCCAGCAGCAAUCCAUGCGCCUGGCUAACCUCCUGAUGCUCCUGUCCCACGUCAGGCAUGCGAGGGCAGAAAAGGCCUCUCACUCACUCACCUCAUUUGGAAUGGAAGACGGAGAUACUCUUUUGCCUGAAGCAACGGAUGGAUCUGUGACCUUCUAAUCAACUCGGUGGCCUAAAGAAAAAUCUUGGGUAACAUUUUCACUUCAGUUUCCCUCUGGGAUCAUUGUAAUCCAUGAAAAUAAUUUUAAAGAGUUAAACUACUUUGAAGUUAGUUAUGUGGUUAAAAACCACCUUCCUUUCUGUAUCAAUCCAACAAUUUGGUAACUUUAAACACUGAAGGUAAAGUGAAGACAGAUUCUCUUCAGAUGGUCUCCCUAACUGCCCAGGCCUUGCGGAUGUCUCACUCAUGAGGGGCACCAAUGUGGAAAGUUGAGGCUUCAGCUACUGAUGAGCUUCACUGCUUUCCCCUGAGGUUUGUGCUUUGCAGAGAAGGGGAGGAGGGGACUGGGAUUGUGUGGUCAGCUGUGUCUGCCAACAGAUGCAGGUUAGGAACUAGGAACUGUGUUCAGUAUCUUCCAAUCAAGAAAGGGGAAAUGCUGAUGCCUAUCCUCUUUGUUUAGUUAGAAAGUAAAAUGUUACUGGACUUAAAUGGACAACAAGGGGCUUUGCCUGUUAAUUUACCAUGGAGCAGGCUGGGAAUCCAAGCACGGUGGCUCACAUUUUGGGAGGCUAAGGUGGGCAGAUCACUUGAGGUCAGGAGUUUG